AAAGAAAUUAUGAUUUUCCUGAGCUUUCAUGUGGUUUGUAAUUACUAUUAUGAAAAUAUUACGAGUUAAUCACUUUUUUAAUUAAGUUAAUUAAACAAAUAGUCUCUAAUUUUGUGACAAACAGUUUCCUCAAGAGGAUAACCAAUCAAUUAAAAGGGAAAUAUAAUCAAUGAAAGUUCAAAUAUGUCUACAAGUCACACGAAUGUUAUCAUACCUACAUAUUAUUUCAUCGAUACAAUUCAUCUCGAUCAUCCCUAUGCUUGUCAACCUGUGUGUCAAAGACCUCCUCCUGUACCCGAAGAAGCAACAACAGUCGCUAUAUCAGCAGAUAAUACAUCAUUUGAACCUUCUAUCGAAUCUUCUGUUGAAAUAACUGUACCAGCCUCUGAUCCUGUUGAGAAUGUUUCAAUCAGAGAAACCGAAACAACUUUUUCAUACAACACUGCUAGUUCCUCUUCAUAUUCACCACCAUCUACACCGAAAAGAAGAUCACAGAGGCAACUUGACCGUCAGGAAAAAACUUUACUGGAAAAGAUCAAAGCUGAAAAUGCUGAAAUGCUUAAAAGAGAAAAGGAAGAGAUGGAAGCAGCAUCAGCCAAGUUACUUAAUCCUAUUGUUGAAUCUGUUAAACCUGUCGAACCCGAUCUACCUGAAGGAGUUACUAUCAAGAAAGAAAACAUUGAAGAUGAUGAGAAGGUAGAUGAUGGUUUAAUCAUUGAUUUUGGUCAACAAGAGAAAAAGAAAGCCCCGAGAAAACGUGCAACUGCUCCUGGAUCAGUGACAGCACCUAAACGCAAGAAGAAGUCUUUAGAAGCAAAUGUUAUAAUAAAGAGUGAAAGUGACCAAACAGAGAUACAAGACCGAUCAGAGACAACAAAAGAAAAUGUUGAAGCAAAAGAAGGAACGAAGGGCGCUGGUCAAAGGACCCAAAGACAAAGAAGAAAACCCAAAAGAUGGGAUGAUGAUGAAGUUGAGGUCGACUUUUCUGGCACUGCCUCUGAACUUGCUUAUGAAUCCAGUGCAACACCAGCCAAGAAAGUUUGUCCUAAUGAUGAACCAGAAUCGAAAGAAAAAUCCAUCACAAGCGAUGAAGAGAACGAAGAUGAAGAUGAUGCCGAUAAAGAUGACGAUGAUGAUCCAACCAAAUUAUGGUGCAUAUGUCGACAGCCACACAAUAAUCGAUUUAUGAUUCUAUGUGAAGGAUGUGAAGAUUGGUUCCAUGGUAAAUGUGUUGGUAUGACUAAAGCAAAGAAUACGAAAUUAGAAGCCCAAGGAAUAAUGUGGUAUUGUGAUAGUUGUAAAGAAAAAAAUGGUUCUAAACUAACGAAACCUACCACCACCCCUAAAGCUGUUGUGAAACAAGAACCAGUGUUAUCAAAGUCGAUCGCAUCUCCAGAAACACCAACAGCAACAACCGCUAAUACCAUUAUUACAGCCACACCAACAGCCAUUUCACCCGCACAAACAACUACUCCAGUUGUUACCCCAGCAGGACCAGUUGCAGCUUCGACGGUAAAUGAAACUGUUACAAAAGUAGCCUCGAAUUCGGUAUCUUCGAAUAAUCAAGUAACACCCAAAAAACCCAUCAAAGCCAAAAGUAGCGAAGGUAAAGAAAUUCUCGCUAAAAAGAUCGUCAAAAAAGAGAAUCUAAUGAAAAUCGGUGACGUUUUGAAACAACGAAAAUUGAAAGCAGCUGGAGGCAAUCUUUCUGCUGUAGAUAAAAAAGAAGGUAUUCGUUUGAAGAAAUUGAUCAAAUCGUCUAAACUCGAACUCAAGAAAAAGAUCAAUAAAGUAGAUAAAUCGAAAGCAAAAGCAACCACUCCACCGGACAAGGAAAAGGAUAAAGAGAAAGAGAAAGAGAAGGACAAGGAAAAAGAGAAAGAAAAAGACAAGAAUAAAGAAGACAAUAAAUGGGAGCCCAUCAGUAAAGUCGUACCUUUGAUACGAAAUAAAGAGGAGAAAAAGAAGAAACUAAAAAUAGCUCCAGUGGACCGAAGUUUACAAGAUCUUUUCAAAGCAGAACCAAGUAUGGUGCUCAAAAAGUUAGGCCAAUCUACUCCGACAACACCAACUACCCCGAAUGCGCUGACUCCCAAGUUAAAACGGCCAUCAAUUGGAAGUGAAAGUUCAUUGAAAAAGUCAAUGCCAACAAGUGAACAAAAUUGUGUCUCUUGUGGUAAACAAGUUGCUAAAGGUGCCAUCAAGGGAAAAGAGUUCAGCAUCUACUGUACAGAGACGUGCUUAGAGAAACACGUCAAAGAUACACUCGAUAUCAUCAAACAGGCUCGUGCUCAUAGUUCAAAUGUAAAUGGUAACAAAGGGGAAAAACAUCGAGUCAAUCUCGUGGACAGAGCAACAAACCGUCUUAUAUCGGGACAAGGUGCACCAACAGAUGAUAAAGUUCUGGAAUAUAUUAGACUCAAUCCAACUUUCGAAAUCAUGAAACCUAAUCUUGUUCGUCGUCAAAGCAGUCAAUCGAGUGAUCACGAGAAGAAGAAAGAUGGAACAGUGAAGAACAAUUCUACUCCUCCAACAAAAGUAUUGGCAAAUAAAAGGAAAGAAGAUCCCAGUUCUGUUAAAGCCAAGCCCAGUGAAGUCGCUGUCAAGAGUCAGGAUUCAAGAAGGGACGAUAAUUCAGAGACAAUUCGACAUAAUGUGAAAAAGGUUCUGAAAGAAACUUUACAAACUAGAUGUUUAGAAGCAGAAAAUAAAAUGCUCGGUGAAGAUAUUAAGAAAAUUGCCUUCAAAAUUGAGGAGGAACUUUUUAACCAUUUUAACAAAGAGGCGGGGAGUAAGUACAAAACACGAUACCGAAGUUUGGUUUUUAAUUUAAAAGAUCCAAAGAAUCAAGGAUUGUUCCGAAAAGUUCUUACUGGAAGUAUAACUCCCGAAAGACUAGUUCGUAUGUCUCCUGAUGAGCUGGCCUCAUCAGAAUUGGCCAAAUGGAGGGAGCGGGAAAAUAAACACGCACUGGAAAUGAUCAAACGAGAUGCUGAGGCAAUGGCUUCCCAAGUGAUCGUCAAGAAAACUCAUAAAGGAGAAGAAGUAAUUGAGACAAAGAUCUCUAUUGAGACCAUUGAUCCAACCAAAGAGGAAGAGAUCGCUAAAAGUGAAGAAGCCGCUGCAUUGGCAGCAUCAAGUACCUCGGAAACUUCAGUGAAAGAAAAGAUCACCAGUAAUGCUUUAUCGGCAUUAGACUUGCUAAGAGACGAUAAACACCAAGAAGACACAACUGACAAGCACGGGCAACACUUAUUUGAUGCUCAUUGUAAAAUAUGUACAAAGAAAACAAAAUCUGAUCUUAGUCUGACUCACACUAAGUCAAGAAAAGCUGUAUCACCUUCCCCUCGAACAUCAAAUGAAAGUAAAACACCUCAACCUAAAAGGUGCGAGUUGAAUUUGAAGCACCAACAACAAGGAUAAUUGAAAGCUGUAAAAGCCUCAAAAUCAACCAAACAUUUACCAUCUCUAAUUAACGAAUCUAGUAUUUAUGAAUCAAGUGAAGAUCUUUUACCUUCAUCGACCGUUUCAUCAUCACCCGAAGCUAAAAGUAAUCAAGUUCCUAUUUGUUGGAAAGGCUUCAUUUUCAUGCAAGAGGUUGCGAAAUUUGUUGCAACAGCUUACAGAAUCAGUGGAAUCGCCGAUAAUCGUUUAAAGGAUGUUCCCGAUACAAUUACUGUUCGAGGUCGAAUCGCUCCCGAACAAGUUUUGGAUUAUCUUAAGAAACUGAAAUCGACUCGCACUGAUAUCGCUGUUAUACAAUUUGCACCAGCCAUUCAUGAGGAGAAUUCACAAUAUGAAAAAUUUUUUGCAUAUCUGAACAGAAGAAAACGUUAUGGUGUAAUUGGUUCUUCAAAAUCAAUCAAAGAUUUUUAUAUUCUUCCAUUGCCCAAAGACGCUGAUCCUCCAGAAGUGUUGCUUCCUUUUGACGGACCUGGAAUACCAAUAAACAGGCCUAAUCUUUUGUUAGGAAUUUUAGUGAAGUAUAGGAAACAUCCUCCUAAAGCAAUUAUUCGAGAAAAAGUUCCUGCUGAAAGAGAAUUGAAAGAAAGUGACAAAUUACCUGCCGAUGUAACAAAUAACUCGGUGAAGAAAGAUCACCCAGAAAAUGCAAGAUCUUACACACCACCACCUCCAGGCGCAUUUACUAAAAUUGAAGAAGUUACGAACGAAGAGCCAUAUGAUCCUGGACGUAGUUUGACACCACCACCACCACCAUCAUCAUCAUUGGGAGGAGAUGAAAAUCCAAUCAUCAAAGAAGAACCAAAAGAACCAGAGAAAAAGGUCGAUGAAGAUGAACCAUAUGAUCCCGAAGAAAAUGAUAUUCUCAACAUUCCAUCAACAUCCACCUCAUCCAUUAGAAUGGAAAGUCAUCAGAAAAUAUCGCAAUUAUUGGAACAAAUUUCUAAAACUGCUAAUCCAUUGGAGAUGAAAGAAACGCUUUUAGAUAGCAUAACAAAAGAAGCUUCCGAUGAUGACCAAAAGUUACUUACUGAAGCAUUUAACAAAAAAGUCGAAGACUUCAAAAAGCAAUUAGAAGAAGAGGAAAGAAAAGCAACCGAAGCUGCUUUUACAAUAGCAUCUAAAACAAUUGAGAAUGAAAACAAAAACAUUGAUUCUAUUCCUGGUCUUGAUGGUAGUUAUCCUACAACUGAAUAAUCGUUUUUGCUAAUCAAUCAAUGAUCAAUCAGCUCGCGCUACAAACGUAAUGUAUUAAUCAUUUAAUUAUACAGCUAAACACUCCUAAAAUUGUCUAUUUCUACCUGUCUCUCUUUAACCUUUUUCUCUCUCUCUCUCUCUAUCUAUUGCCCUCAGAAUGUAAUUGUAACCCAUUCAUUUUCUCCUAAGAAUUUUUUUCCCUUUUUAAUUCCUCUUCACAUUAAAUUGUUCAUUGACGAA